AUGGAUCCUGAUUACAAAGCUCGGAAAGAGGCGUUCGUCUCAAAUCUUGCGGGAAGCGAUAUUCAGGAUAUCAAUCUGGUCACACUUGUCGCACCGGCCUCCGUCCUUCUCUGGUCCGCUCUCCAAUCGCGCUUGUCCUACUUUUCGCCAUACGGCCCUGCCGCAUUCCUGACCGAUUUCCUGCUCAAUGUACUAGCCAUUUUGUUCGCUACCACUGCCUACUCCUCUGCACCGCUUCUAUUAAACAUCUUUCUUAUUACACCGGCUGUCUUCCUGUUCCUCACCCAACCACCCGUGCGCUCCCCGCAAAAGGCCAAACCGCCCCGCAAAGAAAAUGACAAAAAUGACCGCGCCCAGGAUGAGGCGGAGUCGUUGCCGGUACACCCUUUCUUGACAACAUACCGAGCGUCCAUGAUGAUCGUGACAUGUGUCGCAAUUCUCGCAGUCGAUUUCCGAGCUUUCCCCCGCCGGUUCGCGAAGGUCGAGAACUGGGGUACCUCUCUGAUGGACCUGGGCGUGGGCUCGUUUGUCUUCUCCGCCGGUGUGGUGUCUGCGCGCACAGUGCUGAAGAACCGAGCUUCCAAAUCACCCAAGGCGGCUUUUCUUGGAAGACUUGCUGGGUCUGUACGGCAUUCCGUCCCGCUACUGGUCUUGGGUUUGAUCCGGCUGUGGAGUGUCAAAGGGCUGGACUAUGCCGAGCACGUCACUGAGUACGGCGUGCAUUGGAAUUUUUUCUUCACUCUGGGUCUAUUGCCGCCCUUUGUGGAGAUCUUUGACACCUUGACUGUCUUGAUCCCUUCUUAUGAAGCACUGGCUCUCGGCAUCAUGGUACUGUACCAAAUCGUUCUUGAGUCAACAGAGCUCAAGAGCUACAUUCUGAUCUCUCCCCGUGGGGCUGAUCUCCUAUCUAAGAACCGUGAAGGCAUCUUCUCAUUCUUGGGGUAUCUGGCCAUCUUUCUUGCAGGCCGUGGUUCGGGAACCCGGAUCAUUCCUCGGGGCACGUCGUCCAAAUCCUCCCAGCAGGCAAGAAAGUCAGUCUUGGUUAGCCUUGGUCUCCAGUUGAUGUUUUGGUCAACCCUCUUCUACUUCAACUCAUACUACGCAUUCGGUUACGGUGCCAAUAUCAUGGUGUCGCGUCGUCUCGCCAAUAUGCCAUAUGUGCUGUGGGUUGCAGCUUUCAACUGUGGACAACUUCUCUUGUUUUGCUUCAUUGAAACUGUCUUUUUCCCGGCCGUUCACCGGUCAUCUGGCAAAGCAGAUGAAGAGGAACGAACAUCAUUCGCGACCAGUCGCAUCCUCCAUGCGUUCAAUCGUGGAGGUUUAGCCGUUUUCUUGAUUGCCAAUCUGUUGACUGGAGUCGUCAAUCUGACUAUCCCUACCUUGGACAUCAACACGCCGCAAGCGAUGGUCAUUCUGGUCAUUUACGCGGCGAUUCUCACCGCUGUGGCGCUGGGAAUGGACAAGGCAAACAUCAAGUUGCGGCUGUAA